UUCUUUUUAAAACAGGUAAUUACCAAAUGAGUGCCAAGGAAAAAGUAAUGCUUUGCGAAGAACUUGCAAAUGAGGAAUUUUAUUGGCGAUCUUUUGCUAGUGGCGUAUGGAUGCUAUUUGUUUUUCCAUUUUCCCUGAUUUUGUUUGUUAUCUUAUAUAAUUUUUCACUGUAUAACCCCUUGCAAUGUCUUCAAGAUUCUUUUACAAUGCCAUUAUCAAUUUCAUUCUUUUUGAAUUUUUUUGUAUUGCAAAUAUGUUGCAUCCUAUUUACGCUGAGUCAUGCAAAGUCAAUUGAAGUUACUAGUGAAGUGGGAAUGAAGUUGGUCUUUAGCUGGAAAAAACUUUUGAACACUCUGAUCAAGCUAAUAUCAAUUGUUGUGUGUUGUAUGACAUAUCAAAAUCUAAUUGAAUUGGAUACUAGUGAAUUUGUGGACAGCAACCAUUUUCUUAAAAUCUGCUGGAUAUAUUUAAGCAUUUACUAUACAACAUAUUUCUACUGCAAUGAAGAAUAUAUCCUCGUUUUUCCUGUUGUGCAGCAAAAGAAGUUUUUUCGGUUGAAGAAGGCAAUUCCUGUUCAUAUAUUUAAAAGUUUUUGGUUUACAAUAAAGAUGUUGAAGUAUUAUUAUCUCUUGUACUAUGUUUGCGGAUAUAUGUUGAAAACAAUAUUGGUGAAUUUUUUUGCUUAUGAAAAAGAUAUGAAUUUAUCGUUUUGGUCUACAUUUUGGGGCAUAUUUCAUAUUUCAUUAUUUUGGAAUUGUUUUUUAAUUUCUUUUACUACAAUUUUCAUGCUUGGGAUAUCAAAUGAAUUGGUCCAUAUUUUUAAUACUCAGGCUUACACUUUUCAAAUAGAAUCACAUGAAAAAGAAUUAUCAAUUGGAGAUGCAAUGGAGAGUUUAAAUAGCCUUCUUAAGAAUCUUGGAUAUAUGGACUUUUGUAUUUUGAGUAAAUACUCUGGCCUCCGAAGAUCAAAGAUCUUUGAGCUUUCUACACCAGGAAAUCAACCACAUACUUGGAAUAGAAUAUUGUAUCAGUGCAAUCAAGUUUUAGUUAAUGAACAGUCAAAAUUAAAAAAAGAACAUGAACAGAAAUCUCAUUUAGAUGUUGUCCCAAAAAAUGUCAAAAGCGAACUCUUUUCAUCAACAGAUAAAGUUGAAAGUCUCCCAAAUGACAAAGUUUUAGUUUCAAGUCCUUACAAAUUCCCAACUUUCAAGAGUUUAACCGAAAAAAAUGUAUCAAUAAAAAAGUCAAAAGAUAACAAUCUAAAUAUUGCAUUAUGGUGUAUUGAAGGUUUAUGUAAUUUGAUAGCAGCUUCACUUAAAGAAGAUCGGUAUGGAAUUGUUCAAAAGAGUUUGCCAGAGGUGCUGUCAAAUUUGUUCUCUUUGCUUGAGACUUGCGAGCAGCUAACUCAAAGUUGUAACCUUUACAUCUCAAACUCAUUUUAUCAGCAAAAUGAAGUUUUGCGUGCUUCUCAACUUAAAAUUGCUAUUAAAACUGGAUUAUACACAAUUACAACAGAAUUUGGUUACCAGAUUAGUGGGGUCGUGUUAGCUGCUGAUCAUAAAAAAAAAAUGUUUGAGUUUUUGGAGUUUGCUUGUUAAUAACAAAGUCUGUUUAACUUGGUACAAAGUGUGAGGUUGACUUGAAAUAUGCAAAAUGUUUGGUUGUUACUUGGAAAAUUGUAGAGUUUGAUUAUUACCGCAAAAGAUUUUCAGCUAAUUUGUAGACUUUGUGAAGUCGGCAUAAAAACAUUAGUUUGCUUGUUAAUAGACAAAUUAUUAAAUCACCUGUUAACAAUAUAGUGGUUAUUAUGUUGUUUAA